UCCCCUAACACUUCUUUCUACCGGUUACAAUGUCAAUGUGUAGCAAAAACAUGCUUAAAUUUAAUCAUUUACUAAGAAGAUCAGGUUCUGUAAUCGGAAUCAAAGGUUUGCGAUGUUGUUGUACUGAGACAGUAACUGGACAGGGACAGAGAAAUAAGUUGAACAUUGAAGUUGAGGGGAAAGAGGACAGGCAGGGGUCAACUAACAGAGGGAGGACUCAUGGCAGGGCCUCCCAACAUUACCUAGCAGCAGCUGGUGUGGGCCUCACUCUCUCUGCCUAUCUGUACUGGCAACGGCUGGGGAAGGUUUAUGCAGCUGAGGAAGAUGAGGAAGAGACCCACAGGGAUGUGGCUAUAGAUGAGCUUGGUGCCGAGGAGGGUGGACAAAUGCCUGUGGGGAGUAAAGAGACUGGUGACAGCUCUGGGAAUGCAAAAGAAGAAGUAGAUUGGUCGAAGGUUCCAGACUAUCCGAGCCAUGUACCUUACCUGUUGAUAGGGGGAGGGGUGGCAAGUUUAGAGGCAUAUAAGGCAAUCAGAACUAAAGACCCAACAGCUAAGGUACUUAUGAUCAGUGAAGAAGACUACCCCCCGUACAUGAGGCCCCCUCUUUCCAAAAACUUCUGGUUUGAUGAAGACCCUCUGGCAUACAGGUCAUACGAAUACACAAAUGUAUUUGGAAAGAAACGGAGUGUAUUUCUCAGUGCUGGGCUCUACAUGGAAGCCAAGAAAUUACCUUUCUCUGAAAAUGGAGGACUAGGAUAUAUACAGAAUAUGAAAGUAUUAAACUUAGACAGUGUUAAUAAAACAGUGCUGCUAGAAAAUGGUGUACAGAUAGCCUUUGACAAAUGUCUAAUUGCCACAGGAGGUCGACCUCGGCAUGUAUCUGUGUUAACUCGAGCCUGCCAGGACGUAAAGGAGAGGAUCACACUGUUCAGAAAUCUGAAAGAUGCAUGGCGGCUACUAGAGGUUUUAGACACUGCAAAGUCAGUAGCGGUGAUCGGAGGAGGAUUCCUGGGCAGCGAACUUUCAGUAGGACUUGCAUAUAAAGGGGCAGAGAACAAAUGUCAAGUAUAUCAGAUAUUUCCAGAGAAAGGAAAUAUGGCGAAAGUAUUGCCAGAAUAUUUAAGUCAGUACACCACAGAUCAAAUAAAAGAAUAUGGUGUUACGGUUGUUCCAAAUGCCAAUGUCACAUCUGCUGUAUUUGAAAAUGGAAAAGUUAAACUGAAGCUCUCUAAUUCACAGACAGUGUCGGUAGAUCAUGUUGUGGUGGCUGUGGGGGUGGAACCCAACACUGAGCUGGCCCGGUCUGGCGCCCUUGAGCUAGACAAACAACACGGGGGAUUCCUGGUCAACAGCGAGCUUCAGGCCAAGUCAGAUAUAUAUGCUGCUGGAGAUUGUGCAUGUUUUUACGACCCUCAUUUGGGCAGACGAAGGGUUGAGCAUCACGAUCAUGCAUACAUUACCGGGCGACUCGCAGGGUUUAACAUGGCAGGAGACGCACAGUCAUACAGGCACCAGUCCAUGUUUUGGUCCACUGUUGGCAUGUUAAGUUAUGAGGCUGUUGGGAUGGUGGACUCCAGUUUAGACACUUGCUCCGUGUUCAGGAGGAAAACUGAUGAGGAAACGUCCGAGAAGAAAGAGGACAAGACAAGUAAAAAUGAGAGACAUUUCAAUGAGGGUGACUAUGGAAAUGGUGUGAUAUUCUACCUGAAGGACGGGCGUGUGGUUGGGGUUGUAUUAUGGAACCUGGAGGGUUUCCAGGGGGAACCAACCCGUAUAGACAUCGCCAGACAGGUCAUCGCUGACGGAGCCAAAGAAAAAGACCUUAAAGAAGUAGCUAAGCUGUUCAAUGUAUAUGCUGACUGAAUAACGAUUACCUCCUAGAAUUGUGAUGAAAUAGAUACAUGUAGUGUGUUUUGACAUUCUCAGAGACUUUUAAGAUGGUGGCAUUCAAUAACUGAUGAACAUACAUUUGUAUUAGUUUUGAAGAUGGCAGACUUUAAAGUCUUCAAGAUAAUUGAAUAUGGAACAUUUCUGGGAUACUAUUGUUGUGUGUUGACUUUCUCAGAUACCUUUAAAAAGGUGGCAUUCAAAUACCAAUGAACGUUUUAGUGUUGAAGAUCGCAGAAUAUGGAGAACUCCUGGAAUACUAUUGUUAUGACAUAGUUAGAGUUGAGGAUGACAGACCUCAAAGACUUGAAGAUACUUAUUCCAUAUUUACUGUCUAAGAUAUUAUUAAAAUGGCAGUAUGCAUACAUGGAUGAACAUUGCCUACAAGAGAGCAUGUCUUCACCUGUGUUAGACUUAUUAAGAAUGUAUUUGAUUGUAGAUAAUGAAUUUUAAAAUAAGUAUAAUAUACAUACUUGUUAGAAAAGUUACAGUGACUUGUUUGUAAAUAUUAUCACACAUAUUCCAACAUGAUUAUGCUUAAAUUUAUAUAUUUUUCUUAGAACUUGACUAAAAAAACUCCAA